UGUCCUGUCCCAUCCCAGCAACCCGGCCGGCACCGACCCAGUGCCCGUGUCCGCCGUGUGUAUAUCCAGACUACAGCACGCCAGCAUACGCAUCCCACCUUCGCACAUCUGCAAGCUUGGCAGGCUCGACGUGCACGUGACCGACACCAUGGCCAGCAUCAACAUACCCAAGAACGCCCACGUCUCGACGCACCCCUGUCUGCAGGCAAAGCUCUCGCAGCUGCGGUCCGCCGGCACAGGCUCGCGCGAUGCCCAAACGCUGGUGCACGAAAUCGCCCUCAUGGUCGGCUACGAGGCGCUGGCCGCGGGCCUGAAGCCGCAGGCGGGCAGCACAGACAAAUCGCCGCUGGGCUACGAAUACACGACCAGCACCACGUCGCCCGCACCCUCGGCCAUAUCGCUCGUGCCCAUUCUCCGCUCCGGCCUCUCCAUGGUCCCUGCGCUGUCGUCGCUGCUGCCCACCCCAGUCCCCAUCCACCACUUGGGCCUCUACCGCGAGAAGUCAACCUUGCAGCCCGUCGAGUACUACAACAAUCUGCCCUACCACACCCCGCACGCCUCGGGCGCUACCAAGCCCCAGCCCGAGCUGGCCAUUGUCGUCGAUCCCAUCAUCGCAACGGGCGCCACGGCCUGCGCAGCCAUUGAUACCCUCAAGGACUGGGGCGUCAAGAGAAUCAUUGUCUGCAGCAUUCUGGCCACCGAGGAGGGGCUGCACAAGGCCUGCAGCGAGUGGGAGGCGGGCGUCGAGGUGUGGGUUGGCGGGUGCGACAAGGCUGUCGACGACAAGGGCAUGAUCAAGCCUGGACUUGGCGACAUUGGCGACAGGCUGUUUUUGACCCUGGGGAAGUAGACGGCUAGCAUCCACGGCGCAUCUACGCAUCAAAUGCUCAAUUUCGCAUCCCUCGUCCUCUCGCCCAAUCGUGUCUUGCCUCCCGCUGUUGCUUUGCGGAACCGUGAUUGUGAACACGCCGUUUGUUUUCUCCUCCGCCUUGCUCCCGAGGCGACUAGUCGUUUGAUCGACGGCCCUCUGUAAGGUUCGACCUUGCCAAAAGCCAGUCUAGGCCCUCAUGUGUUGUAUAGUUGUGGCAGUGCUGCUUCCAAGACUUGAGCUCAGCCACGUAUGACGCAAGUGUACCACGAGCCUGCUUCUUGUGUUUGUCCCUGCCACUGCCCUACCACUACACACGGCCAGCCCUAUAUAUAGCUGAGCGCGCCCCUGCUCUAGAC